GGCUGGAGAGGUGGAGCUGUAUGUCGUAAACUAGUCAGCGAUUACGCACUCUCCGAUUACACAAUUUAACCCGCAGUGAACUAUUCGAACAGUUAUUAGGAACAUACAAGAACAACAUGGCACUGGAAGAUAACAUGUUGGCCUACCUACUUUUCGGUUUUAUUGAAUUACAUUUAUUUGGUUUUGAAAUGCAUUCUGUAGUGUAAACAUGUUUGUGCACUGGAUUUUGCGUUUGUUGGCUGCCUGUGCGUUGUUCUAGCAACGUCGGAUACGAUGUGACUUUUCCAAGUGUCUCUGGUGUCAGUACUGAUCAAUGUUCAUGAUGAGUUGCGGAAAUGGACCAGCACGUGCUGUGCUCCUGUUGUGUUUGCUGCUGCUCCUGCACGCCGCGGAGGAGAAACCACGCGCUAAACUAACUGUCACCGAGAUUCAACACCAUAAUGGUUCCACCUGGAACCUGGAGAGUCUUCCCCAGCUGAGUCUGUCCACCUCCUGGUUCUCUCCAUCACAGGCCUCCUGUUCUGCUUGUGUCCAUGUCCGUGUCAGAAUGAAAGCUGCAGACUUUACUGGGACACUGAGUAUUACCUACCUGGAGCUGUCAACUAAUUCUCGCAGAAUCAUCUCCAUAGAAAAUGUCAAAAAUCGCACUUUACAGUGGAGAGGCCCGCUUCCCUUCAACGGAGGAAAGACCAAAAUCAAACGUUUACGUCUCCGUAAUAUUGGCCAUCAAAUUUUGUGGGAGUUGGUGUAUGACUGUUUCCCGGCCGACGCAGGGCGAGAAGUGUACGUGUCUUUGUCCUCCAAACCAAAGAGAGAAGACAGGUACAUCGUACAAGACAUCUGUCCAGAUCCAGUGCCGGAGUUUGACCUGUUUGUUGAGGAGGUGGCUCGAUCCCUCACUGUAACUGUAGCAACUGGGGACCGCACAUACCAGCCGGCUCUCUCACCUGAAGUAUACACCAGGCUGUGCUACAGGCAGACAGACUCAGAAUGCUCCAACCUUUCUCCUCUUAUUACUAUUGACACCAAUCGGGCGUUGUCAGUGACUCUCAGGUUCCCCUACCUGCUUCACUGUGUCUGUGUACAGGUAUAUUACACACACCUGGAUGCAAGGCGAACCACAGUUUGCCCAUUUGUGAACAGCUCAUUAGAUGAGGGCCGAGACGUGUGGCGCUCCAGUUUUGUGACUCUGUAUGGCUCCAACCUGGCAUUGAGCUCCCCGUGUCCUGCUGCUUACCUGAAGCUCUCUGCCUCCCUCUGCUGGCAACACCAGAGAAACGCAUCCCACUGCACUCCCAUCCUCAACUCCACACUGGAGGACAUAGUGGAGAAGAGAGCUCUGAAAUAUAAUAUUUCUGCUGUGGAUCAACACCCUCAGAUGUGUGUGCAGCUGUCCUUUAGAAGCAGCUUUGAUGUCCACUGUCCAUUCCUGCCAGGUAUGUCUAAGUGGGAGGCAUAUGUUGGUCCCGGUUCACAGAGUCUCCGUGUCUAUCUCACCUCCAAUAUCCCAGCAUCCUUUGCUGCUCAACUCUGUGUAUGGCAGGACAAGGGAUGUGUGGCCAGAGGAGCUAUCUACUUAGUAAACAUGGAUGGCACCAGAGAGACACCGCUGAACCUGCCCUUAUCCUUCCUAACUGAGGGACUGUGUGUGCAGGUAUGGCGGUCAGAUCCUCCACAGUAUGGGAGGAGAAUACUCUGUCCUGACUAUUCCCACAGGAGAUGGGGUCUCUAUGCUGUUGCAGCCUUGACACUUCUGGUUACUGUGGCAAUGCUGGGACGCCUCAUCCACUAUGUGACCAAGAAUGGAGUCACAGGUUGGCUGUUCAUCCAGAGGCCUGUGUUGUUGGUGUGUUCCUCAGAGCUGUCAGCCCAUGUGUCUCCAGUGUGUGCUUUGGCCUCCAUUCUACAGGGGGAGCUGUGUGCUGAUGUGCGCAUGGCUCUGUGGGCCCAGAUCUCCAAUGGGGAUGGUCCUGGGGCUAUGGAGAGGUCUGGGGCUGGUGUGGCUGAGCUGGGCCCUGUACCCUGGAUGUAUGGACAGUGGGAUGCAGUCAGAGAGGCAGGAGGCCGGGUGCUGAUCAUAUGGAGCCCAGAGGCUAAGGAGACCUACAAGAGCUGGAGAGAAGAGCGAGAUGGAGGGAAUAGGAGAGAUGGGAAAAAGACAGGAGGGAGUAAAGGAGAGGAGAUGCGACAAGGGGAGAGUGGAGGAGAAGAGCUGAAAGGACUUGAGAAAACAAGAGAUAAACAGGAGCAAGCAGGAAUGAAGAAAGGAGUGGAAAGGAAAGUGGAAGGUAGGAGCGGAGAGGAGGAGAGGGAGCCCUCCUCAGUGACGGGGCCGGUGUUCAGGGCUGCCCUGUCAUGUCUGCAGGGGGCACUACAGGGGACAGGAGAGAGCCACGGCUUUGCCCUUGUCUACUUCCAGGACCUCUGUCACAGCCGAGAUAUCCCCAAAGACCUCAGAGGUGUCCCGCGCUACUGCCUGCCUCGAGAUUUUGGGAGCCUGAUACGAGAGCUGGGCGGGAUGGCUAGAGGAAGGAACAAUGUGAUUGGCAGCUGGCACUGCUGGCCCAGACUCCUCUCCAAGACAUUGUCGCUUUGGUUGGCACGACGACUAACUCGCAAGAUGAGUUGCCACGGACGCACCCACAGGAAGAAGAGGGUCCAAAACCGAAAUUGUCGCAGAAAGUGAUGUCAGAGAGGACACUAAGCAGGCAUGUGUCGCCACUGUCAACCAAUGAAGAGAGGACAGAGCCAAGCACUUUGCAGGAGGAGUC